AUUCUAGAUGUGGCAGCACUUGAGUGUUGCUUGCAGCAAUUGGAACCAAUUUCUGGAGAUCUUGAAAACUCUGAUAGUAGAUUGAUUUGGUGUAACCGAGUUCAAUGCAUUCGUCCUGUCAUAGAAGUUAUGAAAGGUUUGAUUCCAAGACCGUCGCAACAACAGAUAGGAAAUGGUGACAGCGAGGCCAGGUCUCAUGCUCAAUUUUUUGGAGAAAAAUCUGCUCAUUAUUUACAAAACUGCAGGUGUGUACUUACCCUAUCCAGCGAUCGUACAAUUACAAACAACCCCUCCAUGGCACGUUGCUAUUUCUGGAUAGGGGUGUUUUUGAAUACCUAAGGGUAGACAGUUAUUCACCAUACACACCUAUGAAUUUACGUCCUGUAAUACAAAUUGUUUUCAUGAAUGUAUUGGUUUACGGAAACAUGUUUAAUAUCGGUUACUUUUUCCUUGUUUUCAACCACAUGAAUAUCCCGAUCUUGUUCGCAUCAUCCUUCGAGUACAUGAUGCUGCCACUUCAGAUCACCCCUGACGAAGACACUGGACUGGAGGUUCGAAACGUUGGUUCGUCAAUCCAUCUGGACUGGGCUUUGCAUUCAUUUACUUUGGAACCAUAGUAGCGUCCGAAAACAUGACGAGUAUAGUACAUGAUGAUCCUGGGCUAUGCAUUGCAUAUCAAUCUUGGCAAAAAUUGUUGUGGACAGCGCCCGCUGAAAUAAAACUGACCAUCCUUGACCAAUAUGUACGUGCACAACAGCAAUGUUUAACUUCCCCCCUCCCCCCUGUUCAUUGUUGAAAGCUUAUACAUUGGUUAGGUGGAAGCUUUAGGAAAUGCAUGUCAAGACCAACAUUGUAGGUGGGGGGGGGGGAGUGGGGGAGACAAAGACGCCAGCAAGUUUACACCUCAGUGUCCACUGAAUUUUUGCCAAGAUUGUAUUUUCGGGGAUCUAAACCGAUGAGCGCCAAUUUAUCUACACUGGUGCUAUUAUAGUUAUCAACCAAGCAAGUCUGCCAUGGAGGAGAUAGGAAACUGCAUUUGAUAUACCCCACAAAUAAUAUCUAUUUGUUCAUGGAUAGGAUAUGUCAAUAUACACGCCCUAAUAGUAUUACGUCAGGGAAAUGACGUCAUCUGUGCUGACACGCAACCUUUGCAUAAUUGCAGUGCUUAAGCUCGAUUGCGGUCGCCAGUUAUCUGACACCUUGAAAAUGUAUGUUUCUUCAGACGUUAUAACACAACGGAUGUAUAAAAAAAUUGUACGUUUGUCAAGUGAUAUAUUGUAUUUCCAUCGUCAAACAUUACGUUUCAGCAUUUUGUGUUAAACUUAAACUGAAAUUGCUUAUUCCAACCUAUAAAAUAAAUGUUUUAUUUUAUGGUUUUUUUUAAAUGAAACCAGUAACCAUGUAAACCUUUAAAUUAUACCUGCAAAACCUGCAUAAUAGAUACAGGAACGUAUUUCUUUUCGUAGAGCCACAUGGAUUCGUCUAGAUGUUGUACGCAUGUUUAUUGAACAUACAUGUCCACCCGGACAGUCAACCCAUCCAGCAGAUGCAAACAACGCUUUUCUACUGUGGACG